AUUUGUUCAUGAUGAUUACAAAAGUUGAAAGCUAUAAGGAAACUACGCUUUUGAAUAUUCUGAAGUUUAAAAUCUGUCAUGAAAAUACGUAAUUGUGUUAAGGUAUUUUCUUGUUUAUUGUUGUGUGCCAUCCUGCUGACAUACAGUUGUGUAUACAUUCUCGACAUUUUCGACAGAACAAAAGCAAGCGAAAUAACACAAGAACUGUCCUUUAUACAGAAAAAAAAGUGUAUGGAAGGAACAUAUAGUGACAAAUAACAUAUUGUACAGAGGUGGUCAAUACUUGACAGAAGAAAACAUGGAGAAUAUAAAAGUUCAUAGUGUCAACCAGUGCAAGAGUCGUAGAUAUCUUGUUUACAAAUGCGAUUCUUCAAGUUUAUGUGGGGGUUGGGGAGACCGCCAAAAUGGUAUUGUAUCAUCCUUUCUAUUUGCACUACUGACAAAUAGGACUUUCAUUAUCGAUAUGACAAAUCCUUGCAAACUGGAAAACUUUCUCCUGUCUAAUGUUUACAACUGGUCAAUAUGUAGGGACUACAUGAGAACACUGCCAAAGAAAAAUUUUACUAGCUUCAAUUAUGUUGUAGGUAGUAGAAAAUUUUUGAAUCAAAUUAAAGACUUUACUUUUGAUAGGAACUGGACAGCUCAGGUUAUAGGUUUAAGAUUCAAUGCAUAUAUGCGUGUUAUUGAUCAGAUUAGACAACACAAGCAAGCUAAAGCAAGAUUGAACUGGUUGUUGAAUGCUACAAAUGAGGAGGUUAUUCAUAGAGUACUGCACACUUUAUUUCAACCAAAUCAAAGAAUUCUGGAUGAUGCUGUAAAGCUCAAUACGAACAGGAUACAUGACAAGCAUUUAGUGUGUAGUCACAUCCGUAAAGGGAAGAAUCCCAGCAUUCCAGGAGAUAACAAGCUUCCUAGAGGAACUCCAAAUGAAACUUUGAUAUUUGACUUUUUGAAACAAUACAAUGAUGACAGAAAAUAUGCUAUCUAUAUUGCAACUGAUUCGGACGAAGUUAGAAGACUUGCUGAAGCAUCUAUUAAAUCAUACAUUAACAUUAACAGAACAAUUGUUCAUGUUGACCGACUGGGAAAACUGAAAAAGUAUAAGGAAGAAUCUUGUGAAGGAUUUUAUACAGUAAUUUUUGAGCAGUUUAUGCUAUCGCUCUGUGACACACUUGUAUUAACUCGAAGUAAUUUUGGUGGAAUUGCAGCAUAUAUAAGAGGCAUUUCAGACAACCUUUUCUUGUAUAAUCAAAAAACUGAUAUAAUACUUCCAUCUAACUUAACUUAUAUGCAACGCAUAUUCAAAUUUAUCUAAAACUGAAUUAUAGCGGUGUUUAUGGUUUUUUUAUGAUUACUCUCUAUUAUAAUUUUUGUGCUUAUAGUGUAAUGCCAUACCUCUUCUAGCACUUUAUUCAAAUAUUAUAAUAACAAGAGA